AUGUUUGCACAUAACCUGCCAAACAAACGACGUUUGUCUGAGAAAGCUGCCAUGUUUGAAGAAGGAGCAGAGCCCUUGCAUCGGGUAAUCAAGAAAAGAAAUCGGCCCUGUUUACUGUGCGGUCCUUGCCGAUUGAAAAAGAUUAGAUGCGAGCGUGGCCAUCCGUGCAACAACUGUCUAAAGAAGGGCAUUGCCGACCAGUGCAUAUAUGAUGAACGGUUGAACCAGAAGAAACUGCGGAGCCUGCGGAGUCUGCAAAGUCUGAAAGGUCUGCGAAGACUACAUCAGCAGCUGGAAAAAGAGCAGCCCGUUUCAACACAUGAUGCGAAGCAAGACGGCAUGAUGCAACCAGGGCCAAGAGCGAAAAAGCCAGAGACUGCAGCCGAGCCACUGCACAAGCGCUCACCUGACGUAUGUGUCCUCAUCAACCGAUCUGAGCUCGAAGCCUUGCAAGCAAAAGUCAAAACUUACGAGCUGCUAAAACAGCAAAAGAGCGGCAGCACGCAAGACGCUUUGCACAACCAUAGUAUCCGAAAUUUCCAUCCCAAGAAGAACGUGGUGUAUAACCAGUCGGCCAACACGUAUCGAAACGUCAUCUUUUCAACUCACGAAGAAGCAAGGCCCGGCUAUAUACCGCUCGAUGACGUCACCACCGAUAAAUUUGAAAAGUUUGUCGACCAGCCAACCAUGUCAGUGACCAGCGAAGUCUCGAUUUUCGACUUGUUCCGAAGUGAUCGGUCCAUGAUUGGCAUGAAUCCAUACAGCAGUCCCGAUGAUGUCAUUGACUUGUACUCGCAGAUUUCGUCGCGAUAUGAUUUGAAGAAACCCCGAGGCAUUUACCCUUUGUCGUGGUCGUAUGCCAUAAGAGGAUCUCCCACGAUGCUUGCAUUAAAGAGCUUUGCCCUGAAGCAAAAGGCCAAGGAGGAAACCAAGAGAGUCGCUGCUGGCAUUACCUAUGACCCAUUGAAAAAAUUGAUGUUGCCCAAGGAUGCCAAAAUCAAGAGCGCGUUGCAUUUGGACGGGAGCAUUAUCUCGGUGUUUGAAGCCAAGACCGAGGAAACACUGGACGAUCAUUUGAAUGUGGGUGGUGCUACAGCCAAUAACAACAAAAACAACAACGGCAACAACAAUCAACCGACCUUGGAAGGAAGAGUGACAGGAAAUGGGAAUGGGACUACUACUACGACAGGCAACGGAAAAGUCAAUAUGACUACGUUGGCUUUAGGAUUGAGUGUGCUCGGUGGCACAAAGGACAGAGAGGACUCAUUGAUUGAGCAGAUCAAGACCGCGAUGCCUCCCAAGCGGGUAGUUUGGUCCUUACUUGCACGGUUUGUCAGAUUAUUGUACCCCUUGAUGCCGUUUUUGAUCGAGGACCGUUUCCGCGCUUCGAUUGAAAGCAUCAUCGGCAAAGAGUCUUAUGAAGACGAAAAACCAGAAGUGUUGAUUCAAAGUCGCUUGGAUUUCGCCAACAUUGCAAUAUUGUUUGUCAUUCUUCGUCUCUCUUACUUGUCUCUUUUCCACAACAGGGGGUUCCACAAUGAAAAGAUCUUGACCAAAGAAGUGCUUUCACCAGAAGAGGCUGAAAAAAAGUAUUUGCUCCUCAACCCAAUCAAUCUCGCCACGGCAGAGAUUGCCGUAGCGUGCUACUACCAUUUGGAACGGCUUGGCAAAAUCAGUGUGCCUCUUUUGCAAUGUGCCAUCUACCUUAGAAUAUACAGGGUAUACGCGCCCGAAGAGGGCGAUGGGUUGGAUGGAGGCGAGAGCCACAUGCACACCAGCGUCUUGUCCUCGAUGGGCUACUACCUUGGCUUAAACAGGGAACCUGAUUAUGUCGCCGCGGGACAGGAUGAAAAAUUGAAAAAUCUAUACCGCAAGAUGUGGUACUUUAUGGUUCUGUCUGAACACAGCUAUGCCUCCAUCUAUGGGUCGCCAAUACUGAUACGAAAGGAGUCGUAUGACACCAAACGGCCCUAUUUUUCAGAAAAAAACUCGAAUUUGAUCAACCAGGAGAUCGAUAAGACUUCCUACUAUGUCUUUGCUUUUAUUGCUGCCAUGAUUCGGGGACCCGUCAACAAAAUAACUGAGCUAUACGCCAACGUAAAGGGGGGAGUGAAGGUUGUUGAGCUCACGAACCAUCUCAAUCAUUUGGAGCAAGGGUUAAAGUCGCUAUUGGGCAAAUUUAGCGACUACAUCUACGCCUUGGAAGAGCACGACUCUGGCUACCACACGAGCAAAGUGAUGAAAGUGCAGAUUCUUUUGAAGAUGAAUGCAGUGCUCAUGUUGAACUACUGCUACUUGAUGCGCCACUACGAGCAUAAGAACCGCGAAUUGUGCAUGUUUUACUUGAAGAAACUUUUGACGGUUGCUCUUUACGAAAGUUUGCCGUACGUGUUUGCCUUGAUCACCAAGAGCCAGGAAGCCUUUGGCGAAGGAGCCGACUUGUAUCUCAACCCAAGCAUCAUUCAGCUCAAUGUCAAGAUCAGCGACAUUUGCCUUAUUUCAAUCGUGAGAAGCAACAUUGCCCUUUACAACCUCCUGAAGCAGGCUCGAGACCAACUGAAGCGGCCACACGAGGAUUUCGAAUACGAGCAAACGGUUGGAAUCAUACGCAAGUUUAUUCUGUUGAUGGAAAAGUGUUUUCGAGUUUGUCUUGCUGCGGUGUCGAUCCUUAGCAGUAGGUACUAUUUCGCCUGGGAAGUGGUUAGGACUCAAAAUUACUAUUUGAAAAUAGCCACCAAUGCCAAUUUCUAUAAAGAAAAAUGGCAAGAGGCAGAGGGGUUCCCCAUUCCCCAGCAUAGUCAACUAAAGGAAUUGGUCGACAUUACCACGGCUAGCUUGGACAAGUUGAUGCAACUCGUUGAAACCUAUUGUGAAGAAGUUGAUCUUCCGGGGAUUUUCAAGAUGGGCAGAGAAGGGGACGCCACCAAGAACGGUAACAACGCUCCAGUGAACCUGACCCCUUGCAAAAAGCCCACGGUAGAAACCCCCACUAGACGUGAGGUCCUGAUGGAAAAGAUGCCUUUAUCCGAGUCGGCAUCUUCAUCGAGCGGCCAAAGAAAGAUAUCGGAUAGCAUUACACCUACUUCUUCCUCCGACUUUAACGGGCUCUAUUUCACCGGGUUUGAAGAAAUGCGAUUUGAUAAUAGUGCUGAAAUCGAUUCGAUAUGGCUUCAAAUGUUGUCGACCAAGAAUGUCUACCAUUAUGCUGGUGUCGCUCAAGAACAGCCACUGCUGCAGCUCGAUGGUUACAAUUGGAACUAUAUGCACCCAAAUGUGGCACAUGCAAAUGCAAGUGCACAAAAUAGUACAGAUAAUGAUCCAGUGCAAGUGCCCCCGGUUGCAAAUUUCGGUCCAACGGGGUUCAAUUCCGGGGUACAGCAAGCACAGAUGCCGCCAACGGAUCCAAAUUUGGGCCCUCCCAAUACUGGAUACCAAUCGUACCCGAACCCAAGUCAGUUUACGCAAACAUUCCCUGUGCCGAGCAUAUUCAACUCUUCUGAGCUUUUUGAAGAUUUGCCCUUGGAGAAGUUGUUUAGUAUGUAG